UGGAGACCACCACGCGAAGCAGUGUAGUGACAAUAUAUAAUUCAGAAAGCAUAUCGAUAAUCAAAAUGACGAUUACGUAGAAAAGUUGCCAGUGAUGCGAAGCUAAUACAUUCGCGUACUAUCUCGAAAAAGGCUUCAUAAAAAGUAAAUAAUCAGCGGCGACUCAUCGCAGUCCGUGAAGUGCUUUUACAUUCGGAGUUCAUUUUUCUUUCAAUUUCCAUCGUUCGCGAACGCGAAAAAAAAAAUGAUAUCGCGUAAUCGACAAUAGAAACAAUACGUAAUGCUGAAUUAAUCAAAGAAAUGAAGUUUCUCUUUUGUAAAAAGUUUACCCACGUAAGUCUCGAUCUAACUGAACCUCAAGAAUAUAAGUCAACUGAACAAGUUUAUCGUCGGCUUUCUCGUGUUCGAAAACGUAAAAUUAUAAACGUACCUGCUGCAGCGGAUUACAACAAUUCGUCACCACCGCCAAUAUACUUUAAGACUUUAACUGCCAGAAAGAAAAUCAAAGAUGCAAUUUGCAAGAAUGAGUUUCUACAGAAUUUUGACGAUGCUCACAUUGACGCUUUUGUAUCCGCCAUGUACUUGAAAGAAAUUGCACCGAAUACUCGUCUUAUUCAAGAGGGUGAUAUAGGUUAUCAUUUGUAUGUUUCCGAAAAAGGAAUAUUCGAGGUCUAUCAAGGACCAACUUAUGAAAGUAGCUUUGGACCUGGUGUAGCAUUUGGUGAAUUAGCUUUAUUGUAUAACACAAAUAGACUACGAUCUGUAGACGUGAAACGUGGAGGACAAGUUUGGGCUCUAGAUCGAAGUGCUUUUCAAGCGGUUGUAGCAAGGGAAGACGAAUCAACGACGAGUGAUACCAUCGAAUGUCUUCGACGUCUUAGCUUAUUUAGAACUAUUCCUAAUCAUGUAUUAGUCAAAGUCAGCAAACUGAUCCAAGUUGAAUUUUUUCAAAGCAACGCGCAAAUCAUUAGGCAGGGGAAAAAGGCAACGAAAUUUUACAUCAUUAACGGAGGUUCUGUGCGAUUAACUAAGUGUAAACGACAGGAUGAGGAGGAAAGCAUUGGUAUUCUUAGAAAAGGAGAUUAUUUUGGAAAAGAAGCUUUUUCCAAUGACCAACAAAGUGUUUAUGAGCUGAGUGCAGUAGCUAUGAAUAGUGGAGUUGAAUGUUUCAGUAUUGACACCAGUGAACUACUGCGUUGCCUCGGGAGUUUGGAACUUUUGAGAAAAGACAAAUCGAUCAUUGACUUUAUAAUCAAUACUUUGGAUUCGCGUAGUUCAGAGUGGGAAGAACAAUAUGCUAGUCUAUCAUUAAACGACACCGAAGUCAAAGAUACUAUCGGAGUUGGUGGAUUUGGUAAGGUGGAGCUUGUUACGAUCAAAUCAAUUCCAGACAAGAGUUUUGCGCGCAAAAAAAUUAAGAAAAUCAAAGCCGUACAGUGGGAAUGCGAAGACUACAUUAUCAACGAGAAGAAAAUCAUGAAGUUCUGCAACUCACCGUUCAUUUGCAAGUUGCAUCGAACCUUCAAAGAUAACAAGUACGUGUACUUCUUAAUGGAAGCAUGCUUGGGAGGUGAUCUAUGCACUUACAUCGCGAAGAACGGAGCGUUCGACAAUACGUCAGCAAAAUUCGUCAUAGCAUGCGUCGUCGAGGCGAUUGCUUAUCUACAUCGUUAUGGGAUAGUGUGCCGGGACCUCAAACCAGAUAACAUUAUGAUUGAUAACAGUGGAUAUGUCAAGCUCACGGACUUUGGAUCUAGCAAAAUUAUAGGUUUGGAAAGAACAAGGAGUUUUGUAGGCACUCCGGAAUAUAUAGCACCGGAAAUCAUCUUUAAUAAACCUUACGACAGAGCAGUUGAUUAUUGGUCACUUGGUAUUGUACUUCACGAGUUACUUUUAGCUCGUCCGCCUUUUCAAGAUUCAGAUCUCCUAUCGUUGUAUAGUAAAAUUAUCAAAGGCAUGGAUACCAUUGGAAUUUAUGGAAAUCUGAAAAAGCACGCAGAGAAUCUCAUUCGGGCCUUGCUCCGCACAGAUCCGAUGGAAAGGCUUGGAAACUUGAAAGGAGGCAUUGGAGAUAUUCGUUCGCACAAAUGGUUUGGACCGUUUGAUUGGGAAGCUUUGCAAAACCUAACUAUGAUGUCUCCUGUGAUACCUAAGUUACGAAAUUAUUUAGAUACGAAGUAUUUCGAGAGGUUUUUGCCUGAAAGAGAAAAUCCAGAAGCUGAAUUUUCUGGUUGGGAUCAAGAAUUUUGAAGACCUGUUGAUCACAAAAUGAAGUAUCGUUACCUGUUAGAAAACUUUUUUAUACGCCUUCUAGAUAUACAUGUGAAAUGUAGAAUUUAAAUAAUUUCAAUGCAAAAAAUUAUUCUUCAUUGAUAGUUUAAUCAUUCAAGUAUGAUUAUUCUCAAGUCUUGAAGGUUCCCAAGA